AUGAGGCUCUGCUUGACUGACGACGAAGGUUCCUUUAAAACCAUUGAAGUGUCGAGUACGCUCGAGAUUGAAAACUUGGCUCCUCUCAUUGAACUGGAAUUACAGAUUCCAGCUUCUCGUCAACUUUUGUAUUCAAACGGUACUCAGCUCAUCGAUACAAAACGAACUCUAGCUUCUUACAAGAUUAAUCAAGACGACAUUAUUCUCGUGAGAAAUCAUGGACCUGCACCGAGCACUGCUUCCAUGUCCAAAGCUGAAAUGACUCGUCAGCAAAUCUUGGCUGAUCCUGAUUUACAGCGUCGUCUUAUUAUGCAAAAUCCUGCUAUUGCUGGUGCACUGACUUCUCCUGAUCAAUUUGAGCGAGUAUUUAAUGAGAUGAGUCGCCAGAGAGCUGCAUACGAACAGCAAAGUCAGCAAGAGAUGCGAAAUCUUCAAAACGCUGAUUCUAUGGAUGUCGAGGCUCAAAAAAGGAUUGCAGAGGAGAUCCGAAAAGCAAACGUUGCUCAAAACAUGGAGAGAGCAAUCGAGUAUCACCCAGAAUCUUUUGGUCGAGGAAAGGGUGUCGAUCUUUUGUUUGGAUUGGAUAUGCUCAAGCGACAUCUGGCAUGCAUUGAUUUGGCGUCAAACGUAUUGCGAAUCAAUCAUGAAGAAGUCCCAUUUCUUCCUGAACAUGAACUUCCUGAUAAAGCGAAAUUGGAAGCAUCUGGCUCUUCUCGCGAUGAAUCAACUAAUGGUGCAUCGUCUUCAGCUGCUGCAGCGGGUGAUUCUGGAAAAGUUGCUACACAAACAACUCAACCCAGUGCAUCCACUCACGCUGUACCAACAGCCAGCACCUUUUCAGAAACAUCCAUCCAGAGUUUAGUAGAUUUGGGUGCUACGCGUGAGCAGGCCAUCAAUGCACUUGAAGCAUGCGGUGGAAAUGUGGAUAUGGCAGCUGGUUUGAUUCUUUAA